AUGGAAUUGUUUCCUGGACCAAUGAUUUUCUUUCUAAUAUUUUCUACUGGUGGUUUUUUUCCUCUUGCUAGAGCCACAAAUUGUGGUGGGAAUAUCAUUGCAAAUACCAUCACUGAUGAAAAGGUUUACAUUCCCUUAGAAAAGCCAUGCAUCAUUUUGGAAGGAGCUGGUAGCGAGUCCACGCUCAUCAGUUACGGUGAUCAUGGAAUAACAGACAUAAGUGCUACAUUCACUUCAUUGCCACAAUAUGUGGUUGCAAUUGGCAUUGGCUUCAAGAAUUGCACAAUGAACGCUGUGGGGAGGUAUAGUUCUCUAGGUUUUGUCACAGCCCAACGCAGGGUUUCAACAAAUGAUUCAAGUGGUUUUGUAUUUAAGGGUGGUUCCAUUGUUGGGAGUAAUAAAGUGAAUUUAGGAAGAGCAUGGGGCCCUCAUUCAAGAGUUAUAUUGGAUAGAUUCACUUACGCUGAAGUUGUGUGUGAAGGAGCAGGAGCUGAUACUUCAAGGCGUGUACAGUGGGGGAAGAAGUUGAAUCGUUCACAGAUAGAACAACAUUUUUCUGUAACCUCUUUUAUCAAUACUGAUAGAUGGCUCCAUAACUUACCAAUUAUCUCCUAA